AUGGCCUUGGCCAUGGGACCAGUUCUAGCACUUCCAACUCCUCAGGAUCCGUUUGCAGCAGUGGCAAACGGCCUGGAGGCUUCGAUUUACGCAAAUGUCGCGGAUGCACUUGCGCUAGACCCGAGCCUUGAGGCAGCUGGAUACCUACCUCAGCCACCUGUGCCACAGGUUCCAUCUACCAUCCCUGGAUACGAAGUAGCUGCUACUCAGCAAUUCCCGGGUACUGCAGUUCCUGCUGCAUAUGAUUCGGCUGCCCCGGCGGCACCAGCUGCUCCUGUGGCUCCUAUGGCUCCUGUGAUUGCGGGCACCACUGGCUAUGCCGCUGAAACGCUUCCUGGAGCAGUUCCCGAGGAACAACUUACUCCUGAUAUCUAUGCUCCGGCGCCCGCACCCAUUGACUCUGCACCAUAUGGCGCUCAGGCCGAAGCUCCUGCUCCUGCUCCUGCCCCAGUCCCGUUGCCUGUGCCAGUUGCCGCCCCGGCUCCCAUUGACAAAGCUGCAUAUGCAGGUGGUCUUAAUACGCCUCUAUAUGCUCCUGAGUCGCUGCCUGCCCCACUCAACACUGCCGGUUAUGAUACUCCUGCUCUGCCAGAGGUUCCUGCUGGCUAUGCCGCUGGUGCUCCCUCUGUACCUGUCGAUGCUCCCGAGCUGCUACCAGCCCCAGCUGGCAACGCUGCUGAUAUUCCCCACCAACCGUAUGGAUCUCUAAAUCCUGAAAGCCUGUCGUACUCCCCACCUGCGCCUGCUGUCCCUGGAGACGUUCCUACUGGCCAGAUCCCAACCGGUCCCAUUGCGACACCUGCAGACUACAAUACUGCGGGAGAGAAUCCUGCAGCAUACCCGGACAAUGGUGGUGCUAAUCCGUUCAACUUCUUAAUGCAAGGGCUCACUGAUAGCUUCAAUGGCUUGGUUAAUGGCCUUUCCGGAUACGCCAGUGACCCGGUGCCUGUCGACGACAGCAUACCUGUUGCUGCCCCAGCCGUCGCUGGUUCCUGA